AUGGAAACUAAUCCGAAUCAAGUGAAACCUCGUAAACAUUUUCCUUUAAUCGAAGAAGAAAAUAAUGAUCAAAAAAUUGGGGCUUUAUUACGAGUAUAUGAUACAGUACAAACUCAAUUGAAAAUCAAUGAUAUUGUUGAAGUUUAUGGUAUAUUGGAACAUGCACGCCUUUGUGAUGCAUUACCAGAAGAUUCAUGUGAACCAGAAGAGAAAUGUAAUGAACCUCUACCUCGAAUACAUGCUCUUAUAGUUCAUUCAUUAACACAUAAUAAUCCUCUUGUUUGUAAUAAUACUUCAAUUAUAUCAAUUAGCAAGAAUGUUAAUGAUAUUCAAUUGAUUCGUAUAAAAUUAAUGCAAAUCCUUACUACAUUAUUUAAUGGUGAUCAAAUUGUAGCUGAAUAUAUACUUUUACAUCUUAUAUCAACCCGCUUAACUAUAGAUUCACAAUAUCCUAAUCAUUUACCAGCUAUGAAUGUGUAUGCCAGUCGUUCAAUUGCAACAAAAUCAUCAUCAAAUAAUAUUGAUAAGUAUUUAUUAUCUGAACUAUACAAUCGUUUGCAUAAUUUCUUACCACAAUUAGUUACACAUUUAGCUACUGUAAUCCUUACAAUAAAAUCACUUAAUGAUGGACCAUGUUUAUUCCCUAUUCGUGAUAUGAAUAAAGGUCAUUUAAAUCCUGGACGUUUACAGUUACCACAAGGGACUGAAAUACUUAUCAAUGAAUUAGAAAUGGAUUCCGGUCAAUUACAACAAAAAGGCUUAUUAAAUCUUCAAGCUUUAAGUUCUGUAGCUAUUAAUCAACGUUUAUUAUAUGAUUUUCAAUUUUACACACAAGAUUGGGAUACAAAUGUACGAGUACUAAUUCUGUCUAUUGUACCAUCGUUAAUUAAAUCUACUUUAUCAUUACCAUGGGAACCGGAAUCUUUUGACAAUAUAGAAAAUGAUGUUCAUAGCAAUAUUUCUGAAAGUGAAUUAGAUGAUAUGCGUAAAUAUUUGACAAUAUUAUCACUUAGUAAUGAAAAUUAUUCAAUGGAUUCUGAAUUACAAGAGCGAAUCAAUCAAGAUUUUGUUCAAUGGCGCAGGGAUAAGUCAACAUAUAUAGAAGCCGAUGAAUUUGCAGUCAUGUUGUGUUUACUCAGAUUUCAUUGUCUAACUUAUGGAUUGCAAUCUCCCACUCUUGAACAUUGGUUACAUAUUGUUGAAUUGGAAUCAAAACGAAAGUCAAGAAUUGCGUUGUCCAAGUUGCAAACCUCAUAG